CACUACGUUAGCUGUCUUAUUCUUGCCCUCCAUGUGUUUUUAGUUAAUUUGUACCUUUUUAUAACUUGUAUUUGGUUUGGGAGAUUUUAGGCUAUACUCGUCGCAGUACAGGCAGACUUAUACUGGGUCGAAAUACAAACCGGCGUUGUGUAUAACUGGAAACGGUGUGAAUACCCCGCUGCUGUAGCGCUGCCUAGGCCGAAUAUUAAAGCGAUGAGUGGUGGAAAAGAUGAGGAGAACCUCCUGAGGAUGACGAAGGAGGACCUGCAGUGCUGGAUCCAGGCAGAGGUGGACCGAAACCCUCAGCUGAUGGAGAGACGGGAGCAGCUGUCGCAGGUGGAGGAGUGGGUCAAGCAGAAGGAGAGGGAGUCCACCUUCACCCGUCUGCUGUAUAGCAAUGCCUGCGAAUCAGUCCUUGAGUGUGAGUCAGUGAUGAAAGGUCUUUAUGGAAUGUUGGGAUUGGAGUACCGAGACGUGGACUCAGAGGAGGAAGGAGAAGGGGUCAAGGAACCGCAGGAUGUCAUUCAUAUCACAGAUGAUGAUGAGGAGAACGUAGAUAACAUUACUGGCUGUGAUGAGGAUGAUGAUAAUGAUCUUUUUGUCAUUGAUCUGGGAGCUACCAAAGAAACCUUGGAACCUAUGCUUGAAAAGGUGACUUUGGCAAUGCAGAAGUCCUCCAGACUUGUUCAGGACUUAGUCCAAAUGGUGAAGAAAACUUCCUUUGUAAACACUGAAUCAUCAUCAGAUAUCGCCUCCAGACCCUCAUCAACCUCAACCCCUGAGAUCAGCCCUUUUGAAUCUAUCGCACCUACACAUCCGUCCCCACCAGUUACCCAGACAAAACGCACAGAAACCCUGGAGCUAACAGACCACUCCUUUGCUGUAAUUAAGACUGAAUCUCUGUGGCCUUCUAAAAUGUCCUUGCUUUCAAGCAAUUCUGGAGAGUGUAAAGAUGUGAGCGGUCAUAAUUCGGAUUCUACAUCAACGAUUAAAUCUGAACCUCAGUUGACGACAUUAACCUCUUAUGAAAUUACUUCGCUUCCGAGCAGUUCAAAACAAAACGACACUACUGCCAGUCAUAACUGUCCACCAGUUAAGUCUGAAACUCAAUUGAUAGAAGUGACUCCUUCCAUAAUGUUUUCAAAUCCAAGCAGUUCAGAUCAACAUGAAAAUAUCGAAAGUCAUAAUUUGCCAUCUGUUGCAAUGAUUAAGACUGAACCUCAAUUGAUGCCAAUGACUUCUUUCGAACUAUCGUCAAUUCCAAGUAGUUCCAAACAAUGUCAAUUAAUUGCAAUGGAUAAUUUGUCAUCCAGGGCAACAAUAAAGGCUGAACCUCAGUUGAAUGAAGUAACUCCUGAAAUGUCUUUGCUUCCAAGCAAUUCAGUACUAUUGGAAACAGUUGCCAGUUGUAAUUUGGAUUCCAAGGCAACAUUUAAGACUGAAAUUCAACUGACAUCAUUAAAUACUUCCAAUGUGUCUUUGCUUCCAAUCAAAUCAGAAAACCCCGAAACUAUAGCCAGUCAUAAAGUGUAUGGCAAAGAAACAAUUAAGAAUAAAAAUCAAUUGACAGAAAUGCCUCCUUCCAUAAAGACUUCGCUUCCAAGCACAUCAGAACAACCCAAAACUACUGCCAGUCAUAAUUCAGCAUACAUGGCAACAAAUAAUACUGAUCCUCAAUGGACAGAAAUGACCCCUUGUGAAAUGUCUUCACCUCCACACAGUUCAGCUCAAACCAGUCCUUCAGCCAGUCAGAAUUCUGAUUCAUUAGCAAUAAAUGAAACUAAUCUUCAGUUGACUGCAAUGACUCCUUCUGAAAUGUCUUCAGUUCCAAGCAGUUCAGAACAACCCAAAAGAACCAGUCAAAAUUUGGAUUCCACAGCAAUCGAUAAGACUGAUCCUCAAUCGUCAGGAGUGUCUCCUAAAACGUCUUCACUACCAGGCAUUUCUGAACAACCAAGAACUAUGGACAGUGAUAAAUCGGUUUCUUUGUGCAAGAAGACCAAAAAACUGACAAAAAGAAAGAAAUCUGCCAUAUCCUCUAUGCCCUCAUCAUGUGCCACAAUAAGGCUGAGAUCUUCAACAGCUGCUGGAUCCAAAACCAGCACUCCCAGUUCACAAAAUGAAACCCUAAGAACAACAUUGUCUACCGAAUGUAGUGCUGAAUUGACUGACAUAGAGGAGCCUGAAAGCGCUUCAAACUCUGAUGAUUCAUCUGAUCCAUCAUGGUCCCCUGAUUCACCCUCAUCCUCAACAUCAUCAACAAAUUCAUCUGCUAACAUAUCCACCAGCAAAGCAGCGACCGGUUCAUUUUCAAGCAUCAAAAAACCUGCUGCUUCUACUGAAUCUUCAGAUGUUAUACAAGUCUCCAAGGGUUCAACCAUUGAAGUCUCCAAGGGUUCAACCAGUGAAGUCCCCAAGGGUUCAACCAGUGAAUUCUCCAAGGCUUUAUCCAGUGAGCCUCCCGAGCCUUCUGAAAUUCCUAAAGAGAUUGAACUGAAGGUCAGCUCGGAAGUUUUGGGGAAGUGGAAUAACUUGACAUGGUGCCAAGGAACCAUUGAAGAAGUCCAGACAACAGAGGAAGGCAAAAGUUAUAAGGUGGAAUUUAAGAAUGGUAAUAAAAGUGUGCUGCCUGCUAAUCAUGUGGCCAGUCUAAAGGCUCCUUUGCUCAAGGAUCUAUAUAUUGGCUGUCGUGUUGUCGCCAGCUGCCAAGAUGAAGGAAAGAGCUGGUUUAAGGGUGCCAUGCUGGCUGAAUUUCCUGAUCGCAGGAAUCGCAUGAGGUUCAUGGUGUUUUAUGACGAUGGCCAAGUAGCUUAUCUCGCUCUCCCAGACCUUCAUAUUGUCUGCAAACAAAUAAAAAGGGUAUGGAAAGACAUUGAGGAUGAGACUGUUCAAUUGGAGGUGAAGGAAUAUCUCCGUUUAUUUCCAAAUCCCAUUGCCGUUGUGCUUCGCGUGGGGCAGGAAACUAAGGCGGAGCGGAAUGGCAGGUUUGAGGCCUGCACGGUUCUCCAAAUGGAUGGCAGUCUGAUCCAGAUCUGCUUUAAGAGUGACAAGCAAACAGAAUGGGUGUAUAAAGGCUCAGACAAGUUGGAGCACAUUGUUAAUAUCAAGAAGCGUCUGUCUCAAAAAACACAACCCGCUAAACCAGUAAGUACUGUGCCUCAGCACAGUACAACUUGCCCUUCGACAACAGUUACCUCAGCAACUGCUACUGUAACAGCUGUGACCUCAACAACUGUCACUUCCACUCAUUUAACCCAUCAAGCUAAUACCGCAACCACCAAAACACCAUCUAUUACCGCUCAAAAUAACACAUCAACUGUGACUCCCAUAAGUGUGACCCAACAAGCUGAUACCACAGUCACCAAAACACCAUCUGUUAACCCUCAAAAUCCCACAUCAGCUACUUACCAGGCUAAAGUCGUCCUGCAGAGGUUGGCAAUGCCCUCGUCCAUGGUAGCAAAGGCUAAUAAGCAAACAACAUUGUCUUUAAGAAGUGUGAAACGACCAGCCCCUUAUGAAGAAGAGGAGCAUAUGUCAGAGAAAGACCAGUCAAAGUCUGCAUACAUAUAUCAUCGCUGCUGUCCAGCAUGUCUGGGGGUGAGACCAUCAAUAAUUGAGAUGCAUCAUGGUCAGAACCCACUUCAUAUCCCGUUGCUUUUUAAGUUUCGUCGAAUGACUGCUCGGAGGCGGCUCGAUGGAAAGGUUUACUUUCAUAUUUUCUAUCGUUCUCCAUGUGGGCGGAGCCUUUGUGACAUGGUGGAAGUGCAAGAGUACCUGUUUGAAACACGCUGUGAUUUUCUCUUCCUGGAGAUGUUCUGUAUGGACCCGUUUGUCCUUGUGAAUCGCGCCCGACCCCCUUCGACUUCAACCAGCCAGCCUCACCUGUACCUGCCGGACAUAUCACAGGCCAGGGAGGUGCAUCCGGUGCCCUGUAUUAAUGAAGUGGAUGAUACUCCUGCUCCUACUGUCAAGUACACCAUAGAACGAAUUCCAGCCCCAGGUGUCUCCGUCAACACAAGCCUAGACUUCUUGACUGGCUGUGACUGUACAGAUGGCUGCCAGGACAGGUCGAAGUGUUCAUGCCACCAACUGACCAUUGAGGCCACAUCUUUAUGCAAUGGUGGCCCUGUAGAUGUUACUGCUGGAUACACUCAUAAGAGACUGCAAACAGGCUUGCCGACAGGGGUGUAUGAGUGUAACCCUCUGUGCCGCUGUGACCCAAGAAUGUGCAGCAACAGGCUGGUUCAGCACGGUUUACAGCUGCGAAUGGAGCUCUUCAUGACACAGCACAAGGGAUGGGGCAUCCGCUGCAAAGAUGACAUCGCCAAGGGAACAUUCGUCUGCGUUUUCACUGGUCAAAUAGUGAAUGAAGACAAAGUGAAUGAAGAUGAGACCGUGUCUGGUAAUGAUUAUUUGGCCAACCUUGACUUCAUUGAGGGGGUGGAUAAGCUGAAAGAGGGUUAUGAGAGUGAAGCAUACUGCUCAGACACAGAGGGAGAAAGCAACAAGAAGACUUUAACCAUGAAAACUGGGCCAUUAUGGAAAAAUAUCCUCUACAAUGAAGACUCAAGCAGUAGUGAAGAACAAGAGGAACCUAUGCAGCUGGAAACUGAGCAAGAGGAGAUGGAUGUCAGUGAUGAGUCCUUGAUUGAGAAACCACUGUCAUCUGAGCCUCAUGAAAUAUCUGAAUACACACAGAAGAAUGUGACUGUCUUGGUCAAUCAAAAGACAGAAGGCCAAGAGAGCUCAACUCCGAAGCGUUGCUUUGCCAAAAAGUCUUGCAAGAGAAGAGUAAACCCACUUGAAACAUCUCAGACACCGAAUGAGACGAGGGCAGUACAAUCUGCCAAAAACACCCGCAGGCUAUUCAACGGAGAGGAGGCGUGUUACAUCAUUAACGCGAGACAGAAUGGCAACCUCGGGCGCUACAUUAAUCAUAGUUGCAGUCCCAAUUUAUUUGUCCAGAAUAUCUUCAUCGACACACAUGACCUCCGUUUCCCCUGGGUUGCAUUUUUUGCCAGCAAGCGCAUAAAAGCUGGUACGGAGUUGACAUGGGAUUACAACUAUGAAGUGGGACGUGUGGAAGGGAAGGUUCUGCUGUGCUGCUGUGGCUCAUCACGCUGCACUGGAAGGCUUCUCUAAUAUUGUCAACUGCUCUCUAAAACACUAAAAUAUCUCUGAGGUGUCAUUUUAGACUGUAAUACUAACUAAUUAAAACAUGUCUAUGGUACUGUUUUGGAAGACCAUUACAAAUAUAGAACCAUUUAUUAUAAAAUGUAUAUAAUACAAUGUAACAUUUUUUAUUUAUACUUUGUUGCUGUUGUUUUUUUAGUAGUAUUAUUUUUUAACAUAUGCAAAAAAUGUGAAGAUAUAUGUUAUUGGUAAAUAAAAUGUUCCAAUAUCAAGA